AUGCAGAACCAAGCAAACAGACGAGGAAGAUAUCAUUUUGCUGAGCUUGGAACAGGAGGACUAAGAGUCAUCUGUCCACAAUGUCACGUUCCAUUCACACCUCAUCUCGGGCAUCUGAUUGCAGCUAGGCUUCCAUGUAAAAACUGUAAGGCUAAUUUAUCUUAUAGAAGCAGCACAGGAGGAACAGUGAAAUGUCCUUGUUGUAGUUCCUGGCGUCCUAUGCCUAGUCUUAAAUCUCUGGUCUGUGGUGGAUGUAAUGCAACAAUCAUAUAUCAAAAGGAUGAUCGAUCUGUUAAAUGUUAUCCCUGCAAACACAUCACACAUCCACAGGUAAAGUCUCUCCCUUUUUAUAUUAUCAUUUGUAAGUUGAAUGAGUUGUCUGCAAUAUCUUCAUGA